UCAGACGCAGUGCUGUGAGUUGCUCUCUAUUCUAUAUAUAGUUUUUCAGGCUUCAAGCUAAAAUCCCACGUUCAUCAUGAAUCCUUUAGACCCAAAAGAAUUUAGGAGGCAAGGGCACAUGAUCAUUGACUUCCUUGCUGAUUAUUACCAGAAUAUUGGCCAGUAUCCAGUGUUAAGCCAAGUAGAACCAGGUUACCUUAAAAAUCUCAUGCCAGAAUUUGCCCCUCUCAGUCCUGAACCGAUUGAAACCAUUCUUCAAGAUUUGCAGCAGCACAUAGUUCCUGGCAUAACACACUGGCAAAGCCCUAAUUACUUUGCCUACUUUCCCUCCAGUGGUAGCACAGCAGGGUUUGCUGGUGAGAUGCUGAGCACAGGAUUCAACUUGGUAGGCUUCAAUUGGGUGUCAUCACCGGCUGCAACAGAGCUAGAAAGUAUUGUCAUGGAUUGGCUAGGCCAGAUGCUGAAUCUCCCCUAGGCUUUUCUCUUUUCAGGGAGUGGUGGAGGUGUGUUGUUGGGGACAACAUGUGAGGCCAUUCUGGUCACACUUGUUGCUGCUAGAGAUAAAAUGCUUAGCCAAAUUGGCAGAGAAAAUAUCUGUGAGCUUGUCGUUUAUGUGUCUGAUCAAACACAUUGUUCUGUUCAGAAAGCAGCUCAUAUAAUAGGAAUUCACCCUAAAAAUAUUAGGGUAAUCAAGACAAUGAAGUCGACUUCCUUCGCUCUUUCACCAGAAUCACUAUCAUCCGCCAUUCAAACAGAUGUUCAAAAUGGGUUGGUUCCUUGCUAUCUUUGUGUCACUGUGGGCACGACUUCAACCACUGCCAUUGAUCCAUUGGGACCACUGUGCAUGGUUGCAAAAAAAUAUGGCAUGUGGGUCCAUGUUGAUGCUGCUUAUGCUGGUAGCGUGUGCGUUUGUCCUGAGUUCAGACACUUCAUUGAUGGAAUUGGGAAUGCAAACUCGUUCAGUUUCAAUGCUCAUAAAUGGUUUCUUACUAACUUAGAUUGUUGCUGCCUUUGGGUGAAGGAUCCAGCUUCUGUGAUAAAGUCCCUAUCGACACAUACAGUGUACUUGGAGAACAGUGCUACCGAUUCAAAACGAGUGGUGGACUACAAGGAUUGGCAGAUAACCUUGAGCAGAAGAUUCCGUGCACUCAAACUUUGGCUCGUUCUAAAAAGCUAUGGUGUUGUCAAUCUCAGAAACUUCCUCAGAAGCCACGUUGAAAUGGCCAAGACUUUUGAAGGGUUGGUGAAAAGGGACAAAAGGUUUGAGAUUUUUGUGCCUAGAAAUCUUGCUGUGGUUUGCUUUAGGCUUUUACCUUCAGCAGUUGCGAAGAUCUGCAAUGGAGGUUCCAAAACUGAGGAUGUUGCAAAGAUCAGCAAUGGAGGUUCCAAAACUGAGAAUGUUGCAAAGAUCAGCAAUGGAGGUAACAAAACUGAGGAUGUUGCAAAUGGAAUCAACCGUAGGUUGCUGGAUUCGAUCAAUGGUUCGGGCACUGUUUACAUGACUCAUGCAGUCGUUGGAGGGGUUUUUGUGAUUAGGUGUGCCAUUGGAGCAACCCUUACUCAUACAACACACGUUAUCAUGGCAUGGAAGACGGUGCAAGAACAUGCAGAUGCCGUUCUAAAUUACUGAGUUAAAUCUACAUUUUACAGGAAAAAAAAAGAAAAAGAGUUUUUGCUCCUUUUUCUUAUAUAGCAAAUCUGAUUCUUCAGAAUUUGCUAAAGUGGUAGCAAAAUAAAAUCUGCUUUCAAUGUAUUUUCCUGCUUGGUUGGGCAAAGUGUUUUUUGCCUUUUGAAAUUGCU